CCAGCCCCGCCGUUCCGCUCCCGCUCCCCAGAGCUCCCGGUGCCCGCUAUGGCCCCCGGUGCGGCGGGGCUGGCCCUGCUGCUGGGCUACUGGGCCCUGCUGCUGGGCUACUGGGCUCUGCCGGUGCUCGGGAAGGAUGAGAGCAUGGUGCAGCUGCCCGGGGGCAAGUUUCAGAUGGGAUCUGGUUCCCUGGAGAAGAGGAAUGAAGAGGGGCCCGUCAGGGAGGUGAUGGUGAAGCCGUUUGCCAUCGACAAAUACCCCGUCACAAACAGGGAUUUCAGGGAGUUUGUUAGAGAAAAGAAAUACAAAACAGAAGCAGAAGCGUUUGGCUGGAGCUUUGUCUUUGAGGAUUUCGUGGCUGAAGAGCUGAAAAAAAAAGUCACCCAAAAACUGGAGUCUGCCCCUUGGUGGCUGCCCAUCGAGAAGGCUUUUUGGCGGCAGCCCUCGGGUCCUGGCUCCAGCAUCAAGGACAGGCUGGAUUACCCGGUGCUGCACGUGAGCUGGAACGACGCGCAGGCGUUCUGUGCCUGGAAAGGGAAGAGGCUCCCGACGGAGGAGGAGUGGGAAUUUGCUGCCAGGGGAGGACUGGAGCAAAGGGUGUAUCCCUGGGGAAACAAGUUUCAACCGAACCGUACCAAUCUCUGGCAGGGCAAGUUCCCGAGGGUCGACACGGCCGAAGAUGGUUAUCACGGCGUCUCGCCGGUGGCAGCGUUCCCUCCUCAGAACAACUACGGGCUGUAUGACCUGCUGGGAAACACCUGGGAGUGGACUGGGACGGAGUUCCUGCCCCCGGGGCGCUCGGCGAGGCAGGGCACCCAGAAGAUGCAGGUCCUGAGAGGUGCCUCCUGGAUCGACACCGCAGACGGGUCUGCGAAUCACAAAGCUCGUGUUACCACCAGAAUGGGGAACACACCGGACUCGGCCUCCGACAACCUCAGCUUCCGCUGCGCUGCCGACAUCCCGCCCGUCACAGCCAAGAAAAGCCAGACCAAACCCGAGCUCUGAAGGUCCCCCGGGCAGACCCGAAGGCAUUUUCUCCUGUGGAGAUGAACAGUAACCCCCAGCACUCACUGUGAUUAAACCCAGACAGUUCUAAAAAUUAAAAAUAAAUACUUUCAGCUAAAA